AUGUCGCUGGAAAAUAUCACAACAAUCUCACCCAUUACCAACAAGCCACUGCUUACGCGUAAUGGCCUCUCAGACGCAGAUAUUCAAUCGAUACCCGAGACAGCUACUCGCGCUUUCGAAUCAUUCCGGCGCACUUCGCUCUCUGAGAGACAGCAGAUUGUCAAGAAAGCCCUGAAGCUCCUUGACGAACGCCAAGAUGUAUUGGGUAAGGAGCUGACCGAACAAAUGGGCCGUCCAAUAGCGUAUACGCCCAAGGAGGUUACUACAGCUGUUAUGCGUGGCGAGUACCUGCUCAAGAUCAGCGACGAGACUCUCAAAGAUACCCCAGGAGAACCUGAGAAGGGCUUCAAGCGCUACGUGAGGAAGGUCCCGCUCGGUCCUGUACUAAUUCUCUUCCCGUGGAACUACCCUUACCUGACUCUUGUCAACUCUCUUAUACCUGCCCUUCUGUCCGGAAACUCGGUCAUCCUGAAGCCAUCUCCACAAACGCCGACUAGUGCAGAGCAGAUCCAGAAAAUCUUCUUGGAUGCUGGGCUUCCAGAAGGUGUACUUCAGAUCUUCCACAGUGGAUCUAUCACUCAGAUUGAGGCCAUUGCCAGGUCACCGCAGAUUCAGCUGGUUUGCUUUACCGGAUCGGUGGCUAACGGACUUGCUGUUCAGACCGCCGCGAAUGACAGAGUACCUCUUCGUGUAGGGCUUGAGCUGGGAGGUAAAGAUCCUGCUUACGUCCGAUCAGACGUCGACAUCAAAUGGGCUGCUGAAGAAAUCGUUGACGGAGCCAUAUUCAACUCUGGUCAGAGCUGCUGUAGUGUGGAGAGGGUGUAUGUUGAUGAAAAGAUCCACGAUGAAUUUGUUUCGGCAGUACAAGAUGUCCUUAAAGGUUACAAGCUUGGCGAUCCAUUCGAGAAGGAUACACAGAUCGGUCCUGUGGUCUCUAAGAGGUCAGCAGAGACUAUACAGGCACAUAUCAAGGAUGCUGUCGAGAAGGGCGCGAAGAAUGCGACUCCCGAGAACGAGAGCUUCAAGAACCCACCUGCAGAUGGCAACUUUGUUGCUCCAACUCUGCUGACCGGCGUCAAUCACAACAUGGCCGUCAUGACCGAGGAGACGUUUGGACCUAUCAUCCCGGUGAUGAAGGUAAAGGGUGAUGCGGAGGCCAUCAAGCUCAUGAACGACAGCCAGUUUGGACUGACAGCAAGUAUCUGGACCAAAGACACCGAGAAGGGUCAUGAGCUCGUUAAUGACGUCGAGGCUGGAACUGUUUUCGUGAAUCGAUGCGACUACCCCGCUCCUGAUCUUGCAUGGGUUGGCUGGAAGGAUUCUGGUAAAGGACAGACUUUGAGCAAGUUUGGCUUCGAUCAGUUCGUCAAGCUGAAGAGCUACCAUGUCAAGGACUACCCGAAAUAG